GCAGUUUAAUGUUUACACUUGUCAAACAUGGCGUCUUCACCUCGGAUAGACGAACAGAACGUGAAUUGCGACGGUUCCGGUGCCCCGAGAGCUCGCCAGUGGGUAAAACUAAAUGUAGGAGGAACACAUUUCCUCACCACAAGAACCACAUUAUGUCGGGAUCCUAAUUCCUUCCUCUGUCGACUCGUUCAAGAGGAUCCCGAACUCCACACAGACAAGGAUGAAACUGGUGCCUACUUAAUAGACAGAGAUCCCACGUACUUUGGGCCGGUGCUGAAUUACUUACGACAUGGGAAGUUAGUUAUGAAUAAAGAUUUAGCUGAGGAAGGAGUACUUGAAGAAGCAGAAUUUUACAACAUCACAGAUUUGAUUAGGUUAGUGAAGGAGCAUAUAAAUCAGAGAGAUAACAGGCCACCUAAGGCAGGCAAGAAGCACAUGUAUCGAGUCCUUCAGUGCCAUGAAAAUGAGUUGACUCAACUUGUUUCAACAAUGUCAGAUGGAUGGAAGUUUGAACAACUGAUAAAUAUUGGGUCUCAGUACAGCUAUGGUAGUGAAGAUCAUACUGAGUUCCUGUGCGUUGUGUCCCGAGAGUAUUCCUCUUCACCAGGACCCACACGUGUUCUACAGACCGGCCCGACCAUCUGGAUCUGCACAACUCCAAGGACUGUAGGAAACUCAACUUCAUGUACAAUUUGCCAGGGUCACCAUAGAAUCCCCUGCUUCCUACUACAUCACUUCUCUUCAUGGUCACUACAGAGUAUCCUGCUGUCGCAAAUUUCCUCACUUCUGAAGGUUGCCUUAUGGUAACCCCUUACUUAGUACACUGUCUGUAUGUUGAGGAAGUCCAUAAGCUCCUUGCUGUAGACCACCUCAUUACCUACAUCUGAUUCCUACUAACUUUUUCAUAUUCUACCUGUUUGGAUUUUGCUGCCUGUGAUGUCAGGAAUGUGGCUUGCUGGAAAUAUAUCAUUGCUGAGGCUUUUAUCAGUGUUAAAAAGAGCAAACAUAAUCUCAUGCACUCUUUUUUCUAGAGAGAGAGAGAGAGAGAGAGUUAAUUAGAAUGAAUGAACUGGUGAUCAUGAAAAUGAGAAAAAAAAAUAUAUAAUGCCUAUUAUUGAGAUUACAUUUGCCUUGUUGACACUGCUUGCCACCUUGCCUGGCAACAUCUCUCACUCUGUGGAGUCAGUACGCACAAACCGUCGCUUUAGGAUUGACAUCUGCCAAGUCCAGUGUUGUGUCCAAGACAGAGUGGCUGUUGAGUCUGUUGUUGUCUAGUUCCGUCUUUGCCUUGGUACCACAAUGGG